AUGCCCAUCACUUUAGGACAUCAUGCUGUUGCUUUGGACCGCAACCAGUUCCUCUGCAGUUGCCCAGAAUUGGGAUGCAAUCAAAAGACCAUUCAAUACAGAGGAAAGGUCUAUCAAGGCAAAAUAUUCAGCCGCCAAUCAUAUCCUGGACACCUCCAACGUAACCCUUCAGCGCAACCUGAAGCGGUUGGUGCAGCCACCAACGUAGCUAGUGCGGUUGUUCAACUGACGCCCAGCACUUCCGCACCUCCUGUGGUAGGUCAACCCACACCCAGUGAUUCUUCAGCCCCUGCAGUUGUUCAACCCAUGGCCAGUACUUCAUCAGGGAUUUAUGCACCUCAGUUGUCCUAUCUUCCAAACUUAGCAUCAGCUCAAGCCUCUACGAGUACAGCAAUACUACCCCCCAUUGGUGGGGCGGUUGCCGCCACCCGCCCCAACAAAAGAGCUAGAGAAGAAUUGGACGAGGAUAGAGAUAGUGACGACUCAGAUUUGGGCAACACAGUUCCUCCGGCACCCAAGGCCUCAAGAACACAGCUCACAUAUACAAGUAACACACCUUCACUCCCAGAAAUCUUUUUACAGCACCCCAUGUGUUUACGAGAAAUGUUCAAGGUCACCAAGAACCACCUUUUCAACAAUCUUAGUGUAGAUGCCUGCCGGCAAAGCCUUCGAACCGCGCGGGAUAGUGUAGAAGAGCACCUCAAACAGUUGGAUCCCAACAUCAAGACAACACCUUGGACCCAAAUCCCUCGCACGAUCCCAACACUUUUAAAGACAUUCGACCUCAAUACCACCAUACAGAGCAAAAUCUGUUGUCCAUUCUGCUGUGCUCUGCAUCCUGUACUACCAAUAGACCAAAUCAACAUGAAUCAACUGUGCAAUCAUCCUCGAUUCACCUCAAAGACAUCUAAAGAAAAACGAAAAUCUUGUGAUCAACCACUUUAUGAGACACCCUCUGUCAUGGCUUGGCAAGAUGCUCAAGUUUUCCGCUUUUGA